AGACAGUUUUGUUGUUGCGACGCAAUAUUACUCGUUUAUAAUUUUUAUUUUUUACAUACGUUAUGAUAUGUAAAAAAAGUAUAUUGCAUCAAUCGACUGCAAAAACGCUCGCGUUUCUUAAUUUUAUUGUAUACAGGUGAUCUGUGUAACGUUCGUGAAAUUUCACAAAACAAAAAGUAUAUUAAAGGAAAAGGAAGAAAAACAAUAGACAGCAUGCUAAGUAGCUUGGCAAACUAUUUACUAGGAGGUAAUAUCUCCGCAACACAAAAUUCGCGCAAUGCUUCUAAUAGUGAAAGUCUGGAUCAUAUCCCUGUAAUAGCAAGACUCAGCCAGGUGGAGGUCGAGGGCGAAGAUUGGAUCCUCAUCGACCGCACUAUUGAGGGCGCAACGGCGCUGGAGGAAUCGUGGUAUGUAACACCACCCGCAUGUUUUACACGGGCAGGACCCGUAAACGUAGAAACCUCACCGCUCGAGGACCUGCUGAUCGAGCACCCAAGUAUGUCUGUUUAUCGAGCUACAGCGUCUCCUAUCGCUCCUGAUACUCCACCACCAACGCCAGAUGCUACGGAGGAACGAGACCUCGAAGAAGAGGAACUUACUCCACCUGCUCGUACCUCAGAUUUAUCAACCGUUUCCUUAGAACGUAGUUUAAGAAGGAGCGAGGAUGACGAUACAUUAUCCAGACCGGCCAUCCAUGACGGUAGACCUACCAAUAACCGGACUAAUAGCGACAAAGUCCGAGUCGUUCAGCUUCGUUCCGCUCAAAAGGUUCUUGAGAAAAGAUCGACUCAAGUACUGAAAAGAGGUCGAUUGGAGAGGAGUAACAAAUUAAGGGAAGUGUUCAGUGUAAAGGGGAAACGGCCACGUCGUCAAGACCGUUUACGCCUUCAAAAUAGUGGCGCAAAUAACAACCGAAAAUGCUAGUCAUUCGAUCUCAGGCUAAGGUGUACUUAAAAUUUUUUCUUUAUCGAGAAGAAGUAAACAAAAAUACAAAAGAAAAAAAAAAUAAAGCUAGAACGCAAGAAAGAAAGAAAGAAAGAAAGAAAGAAAGAACCAAAAAAAAAAGAUAAAAAGGGAUAAAAAGUAAUUGGACUUUUUUCAAAAUAUUAUAUAAUUUAAAUUGUGCAAUUUAAGUUCAAAGGUAAAGUUUAAUUUAAUUUAAUCAACUAAUUAUUCAAGGCGAAUAUAUAUAUAUAAAAAGAAAGAAGAAAAAAAAUGUAAUGAUAGAAACAAGAUGAAAUAGUUCCGAAUUUUUUGUCGUGCGGACACGUCGUGGAAAUGUAUGGACGUAUGAGAUAUGUUUUUGAAAAUGCAAUAGAUGAUGCGGAUGAUGAUUAUGAUGAUGAUGAUGAUGAUGAUUAUGUAGCUGUGUGAAUUAUGAUUAAUUUUAAGAGUUAUUUCUCGAGUCGCUUUUAUUCAUUUGAUGAUAGACUUGGGGUUUAGAUAGUGUCGUCUCAUGCUUUAGUCCUGUUUUCGAAAAUCUAUUAUUUUAUUAUGAGUAUAUGCAUAUAAUAGAUAAUUUUCAAUUAGUGCAAAUGAAUACACGUAUAUAUACAAUAUAUAUACAAUAUAUAUAUAUGUAAUAUUAUGAUUUCUUUGCUUUGCGAUUGUUGUAAAUACAUGCGAUAAAAAAGGAUAAAAACAGAGCUCCUUAAAAUAAUAAUAAUAAUAAUAAUAAUAAUAAUAAUAAUUAUUCGAAAAAACGCGCGUAGUCAAACUCUACUGAUAUAAAAAGAAGAAAAGAUAAGGAAAAGAAAAAACGUUCUCUAGUGACGCGUUUUUAAGUCCUGAUACUCUCUGAUAAAAUACUCCUGUCUACAGUUAGCCUAUAAAUUGCGUGCUCGAAUAGACAGGGGUUUGUAACUUCGUUGAAAGACAGAAAAAAAAAUACAUUUGUGCUUUGAAAAUGCAACUAUUUCUUUAUCGAGUGUCGGAGCGCCUCUUAUGUGAUGAAAUUAAAUAAAAAGAAUAAGAAGAUAAAUAGAAAAACAAAGUUACCGCGUACGAAACGAGUGGUAUUGCGACAAAUUUUUUUACUACAAAACUCGUAUCGUUUUAAAUCAUGUUUUUCAUAGGGGGUAUAAUAAAGCAACUCACAUCCCCUACACCUCUCUCAAAUACACCCUCCAAAAGUCGCAAACAGAGGUGUUCUAUUUAAAAACGUAUAUAAAACGAUACAAUUAAUAUUAAUAUUAAUUAUAAUAAUAAUAAUAUAAUAAUACUAGUAAAAAUAAUAAUUAUAAUUAUAAUAAUAAUAAUAAUGAGUAUCGUUGCACAAAGCGGCUGUUCGUAACCUCGAUAUUUAAAAAGAAAAAGAAAAAAGAAGAUAAAGAAAAAAGCUAAACAUUCUCAAAUCACAAGUACUUUGGGCGUAUUCACCGUGUGAAUCUUAUACAGCUUGAGUCUUACUCGAGAAACAAAAAAUUGUGAUCGAUGCACGUAACGAUGCCACAAAACAAAGAAAGAAAAAAAGAAACAGGUCAAGAUAAAUAUUUCGGGACCACACUUCUUCUUGUGGAUUAUAACCGAGUCCCUGUUUUAAUCUGCAGGGAAUAGAAACUGUUAUUUGCGGGUCUUCCGUGGAAAAAAUAAAAUAAAAAUGAUUAAAUAAAUAAAAAAGAUACGUGUUAGCUAAAGUUAUAUAAACAAAAAAAAUUAAUUUUUUUGUUUAAUUUUUGUCACCGUCAAACGGUUACUGGUUAAUUAACAAACAAAAAUCUACCGUAAAAGAAACAAAAUUACGGUAAACGAUAACAGAGUAUCUGGAACACAAUCUUUGUUAAAAUUAAAAAAAAAAAAAAAACAAGUGUAUGAAUGAUUGCAUAUGUUCAGGUAGAUUGAAUUAGGUUUUCAUUGAUGGACGUUAUACAAAUAAUAAAACUAGGCAAAAAGAGAUCCUAGAAGUAACAAGAAAAAUAUGUAUUCAAUAUUUAAAACACACACUCUUGCUGCUCUACAUGAGUGAAAUGCAUUCGCGACACUUUGCACGUAUUAGAUUUGUAUAAACAUGUAAAAAAAAAAAAGAAACAGGAAA